GAGGAGGAGGGGGUAGGCAGGAGCACAUGCACAUUGUAACCACAUUUCUCAGAGUAAAGCUUUGCAGACUGACAGCAGCAAACGGACCUGGCUACUGAAGCCUGCAGCGAGGACAAAUUUGGGACGGCAUCACGAGCUUUUGGAUUUUUCAUUUCUUCAAAAACACUGGAUUGAACUUGCUCAAUAAGGACCACAUUGCUUUAACCCCCUACUAUGGCAGCCCAAAUGGGACAACCUGUCUCAUCUCUAAAGUGGACUAUAAUUUUCUUUUUGACAUUGCUGAGUCAAGUGCAAAGCUUUAAUUUGGAUACGGACCACACGCUGCAUAAGUUGGGGGACAGAGGGACAUUUUUUGGGUUUUCUUUAGCCCUCCAUCAGCAGGUCACUCCGGAGCCGCAGAGCUGGAUCCUCGUAGGUGCACCACAGGCUGCAGGACAGGGAGCGCUAUUGGGCAGCAGACCUGGAGCUUUGUUCAGAUGUCCCGUUUCACCAGAAGAAUAUGACUGUGAGCGAGUCGACAUCGAUGGAGACGUGAGUUUAGACAAAGAGAGCAAGGACAACCAAUGGCUGGGAGUUACAGUCAAAAGUCAAGGCAUUGGAGGGAAAGUCGUGACCUGUGCUCACCUGUACGAGCUGCGCCAGCGUGUGAAGCAGCCCUCGGAGACGCGGGAUCCCAUCGGCCGCUGCUACGUCCUGAGUGAGGACCUGACUGAGCGCGAUGACCUGGACGGAGGAGAGUGGAAGUUCUGUGAGGGCCGACCACAGGGACAUGAGCAGUUUGGCUUCUGUCAGCAGGGCAUGUCUGUCAGCUUCACCCCCGACAACAAUUUUAUACUGUUCGGAGCACCAGGAACUUAUAACUGGAAAGGCGAGAUGCGAGUCCAGCUCUUGAACCAGACCCUGCUGGACCUCGGUUUCUAUGACGACGGUCCGUACGAGGUCGCUGAUCAGAAACAGCUAAACGCACAGCUGAUCCCAGUGCCCUACCACAGUUACCUGGGUUUCUCAGUGGAUUCAGCGAUGGGAAUAAUGGCCCGUGGGGAGCUGACAUUCGUAGCAGGUGCUCCCAGGGCGAACCACACGGGGGCGGUAGUGCUGCUGAAGAAGGAUAACGUGUACAGACUGGUGCCGCAGCAUAUCUUCUGGGGGGAGGAGCUGGCGUCUUCGUUUGGGUAUUCUGUGGCGACCACUGACCUCAACAAAGACGGAUGGACAGACCUGAUUGUUGGAGCUCCUAAUUUUUUCGACCGUAAAGCAGAGAUCGGAGGUGCAGUGUAUGUUUAUCUGAACCCCUUUGGUCACUGGGAUGAUCACUCGCGCCCCAUCCGACUCAACGGGACAUAUGACUCCAUGUUUGGGAUGACCGUGAGCAGCAUUGGAGACCUGGAUCAAGAUGGAUAUGGAGACAUUGCUGUUGGAGCUCCAUUUGAUGGAGAAGGCAAAGUGUUCAUCUACAGAGGGUCUGACUCUGGCAUUGAAACUAAACCAGCUCAAGUUUUGGAUGGUCGUGAUUUUGACGUGAGGCGUUUUGGAUACUCCAUCUCCGGGGGUCUGGACAUGGAUAAUAACCACUACCCUGAUUUGGCCGUGGGGUCUCUCAAUGAUUCUGUGGUCCUCUUCAGGUCUCGUCCAGUCAUCCAUGUAGCCAGAGAAUUGACCAUUGACCCCCAGUACAUUGACUUGGGCCAUCACAACUGCAAGGGCCGUGAUGGAGUCUGUGUUGACGUAAAGGCCUGCUUCCUGUUCACAGCCCAUCCAGAGCACUAUAAUCCACACAUCACUCUCGUGGUUCAUUUUGAGGCCGACACGGAGCGUAGGAAGUUGGGUCUCCCACACAGAGUGAACUUCCUGGGUCGAAGUUCACUGGAGGCGGAGUACACUCAAACUGAGGAGGUGGAGAUGCACAGACAGCGCCAACAUGUGUGCACUACCGCCACCUUCCAGCUGCAUGAGAACAUUCGAGACAAACUGCGUCCAAUCUCCAUGGCGAUAACUCACACUAUUAAACCAGUGCCUCCACGACGACACUCGGGAGCCAAGAGACUGGAGAAGCUGCCUCCUGUUCUGAGCGUGUCCCCCUCCAACACUCUGCACUCAGAGAUAAACUUCCUCCGUGAAGGUUGUGGCAGUGACAAGAUCUGCCAGAGCAACCUGAAGCUCAGCUACCAGUUUGGAACACGACCUUUGACCUCCGACCUCUUCACCCCUUUACCACGAGAUGAGGAGGAGGUGCAAGUCUUCUCUCUGUCUGAUCAGCGUGUGGUGGUUUUGGAGCUCACCGUCACAAACUUCCCCUCUGACCCUCUGAACCCGGAGGAGGACGGAGACGAUGCUCACGCAGCUCAGCUCCUCAUCUCACUCCCAAAAACACUGUCCUACGCUGGCUCCAGGCUGCCCCCUCAGAUUCGAUGCCAGGCGAACCAGAACGGCUCUCAAGUGGAGUGUGACCUUGGGAAUCCUGUCAAAAGAAACAGCAAGUUAAAAUUCUCCAUCAGUCUGAGCACAGCCAACAUUACAAUUGAGACCACAGAGCUGACAGCAGAUCUCCUCCUGUCAACUAUCAGUGAACAGUCCAACUUGGCUCCAGUCACAGCUUUUGCCAAAGUGGUGAUAGAGCUCCCCCUGUCUGUCAGUGGCCUGGCAAACCCGCACCAGCUGUUCUUCAGUGGGCCAGUGAAAGGGGAGAGUGCUAUGACCAGUCUGGAGGAGAUUGGCAGCCCUGUGGAGUUUGAGUUUGUGGUUUCAAAUCCUGGACAGGCCUUGCAGACUCUGGGUUCUGCGUUCCUCAACAUCAUGUUUCCUCAUGAACUUUCCAACGGAAAGUGGCUCCUGUAUCCGUCCAGCCUGAAGUUUGAAGGAAACCAGUGCAGCCCAAAAGGAGAGAUUAACCCUCUGCAACUGCCUGUAUCUGCAACAGCACAAACAGAAAACCACAGGAUCGGGAGGACUCGACGCUCGCACCCAGAGGAGGAGGGGGAGGUGAUGACAAAAGGAAACGGAGCAAGAACGACUCCAGCUGUGGCUGCUUCAGAGCGACGCAAGUCACUCAAACUGGACUGCCUGUUGAGCUCUGCUCGCUGCGUGCUCUUCCAGUGUCCUCUGCACAGUUUCUCUGGUCAGGCUGUGCUGAAGAUACAGGCACGACUCUGGGAUGCCAGCUUCGUAGAGGAGUUCCCAUCGGUCAGCGCUCUGGAGGUGAUGGUCAGAGCAAACAUCACAGUCAAAUCCACCAUCAGACACCUGGUCCUCAGGGACGCAGCAGCACAGGUCCCGGUGAUGAUCUACCCUGAGCCCGGCCUCUCAGAUCAGGACGGGAUCCCCUGGUGGAUCAUCCUCAUUGCGGUGCUGGCCGGGAUCCUGCUGCUCACGCUGCUCGUCUGCAUACUCUGGAAGUGUGGCUUCUUCCGUCGUGCUCCUUACAAAGACAAGCUGCCCCAGUACCACGCGGUGAAGAUCCCUCGUGAGGACAGACCACAGUUUCAAACACAGAAAUCUGGAGGCGUCCACAAAAAGGAGUGGGCUACGCACUGGAGCGAUGGAACGACUUUGUAAAAACAGAAAAAAGAAGAAAAAAACUAUUUAAGAUCAACUUGUGUGACUUUUGCAUUGGAGUAAACAUAGAGUGCACAUAGACUGAAAGAUUGUGUGCACAUCGGGUCACAUUUGAGUGGCUGAUUUCAUGGACUGGGAAUGUUUACCAUCCUGGCUGGUCUUGGAUUUUGAAGUUCACCCAAUUACAAGAUUUGCGGUAAUUCAUUAUGCGUGUUAAGAUUGGCUGCAGUUUAGUCUGACGCUCUAAGAGACAAGAAAAUGGACAAACUUAACAAAACAAGCAUGGCAUUUUUAAACCAGAGGAACUGACAACACACUGGGAAGAUUUCAAGCCAUUUUUGCCUUAACUACAAGACUGAUCACUGAUGGGCAACAAUAGUUUUUAUAAAUAAAUAAAAGAGAUAUGUGUGUGUGUAGUUAGCACUGAGAAACCACAGAGAAAUAGAGCUGUUUGUAAAAAGAUUUUAUCGAUAAAGUUAUACUGAAUGAUAGGCUUAUGGACUUGCUGUUUGUUUUGUAAAUUUGAAUGCGUUAGGAUUAAAGAUACUGCUUUUUAUUGAGGAGUUUGUGUUGAUAUCUCCUGUUGCUAAAUGUACUGUACUUAAACAGGGGCCUGGCCAGUCAAGCAUGAAAUAGUUAAAAAAGGGGUUUGUACCAAUAUCAUAGGACCAUAAAUACUAACAUAAUGCCAAGGGAGAAACUAAAGACACUCCCUUGGUUCCUUUACUGACCCCUUGUGGAUGGAGUUGGUAUUUUGUCCAGGUUAUGGUAGAUUUCUUGAUAUAGACAGCGAUGAAUUCAUUUGUCUUUUUUUCCCCAAUAUUUCCUGAAGAUGUUCAUGUUCAGGAGUAAACGUGUGUGAGUGGCCAGGCCUCUGGAGCAGGCGACAUCCUGAGUGAACUUGAACUAAAGAAACACAGUACAGCCGUAACCAUGGCACUGACGAUUCAACCAAAUAUGUCUGAAAGAAGAAACUCAGUAGCACUCAUAGUGUCUCACAAUGUGAGCAUUUACAGUAACACUCUCAACUACUCAUGUAGUUUGAAGCACCACGACUACUGUUCACUGAGAAUAGUAUGUUACAUUUUACCAUUUGGAUAAAACAGUGUGAAAAACUGUACAUUUUAUUGUGUCCAUGUGAUAUUCCUAAAGGCCAGCGUGCAUCGAGUUACUGCAGAAGUGACAUCCUCCCAUUCAACCAAGUGCCUUUGAAAGAACAGGUACUCAGAAUAUAGACCUCUGCCAAGGCGUUACACUCAUUUGAAACUUAACGUUACUCCACAUGUUUUCACUAAGUCUGGUCUGUCCAUGAAAGUGUGACCACGGCAUUAUUUACAGCAGUGUCCCAGAGCGGCCUAAGGCUUCAGGAUGUUGUCACUAAUAAUAACAUAAGUUUAUGUAUCAAAGAGUUCAAGUUUGGAAGUAUUGCUGGACAAUCGCGUAUUGGCUGCAUGAGGUUCAUGUCACUGUCCUGUCCCUCUCUUCUGUCAUGGUUCACUUCAAGUCUAUUGUUCUUGUUUUGGCUGCACUGUUAAAUCAAAUGUUUGUAAAUAAAUG